GCAUUCGACCGUCGAUAUGGCUACCCAACGGGAAGUCAGCGAGCUCAAGCAGCAAGGGGCUCUUGAGGCUUCUCGUGAUCCCGAAUCCAACGUUACUGCGGAUGACGCCCAGAGGAAGCUAGUCGAGGAGAGCAAAAAUGCGGGCGUGGCUGCUUUCACAUUCGAUCCGGAUGCGAGUACAGAAGAGAAGAAAGCUCAGGCUAGGGCUGCUAUACCCAACGAUCCUCGCCGUCCGCGAAAGCCGAAAGGCGUGGCUAUUGCUACUGAUGUCGACGACGGCACGAAGGCCAAUUACGAUCUUCCGACUCCCUCGAAGGCUGGAGCCUUUGAAAUUCCCAAGGACAAGGAUGGUAGGCCGAUCGUAGACGGAAAUACCCCCGAAGAAGAGGAAGAUCUGGCUGCCAAGGUUGGUUGGACUCAGCGGUUCGGUUGGCCUGUCGACAGUGUUGCGGAAGGCGAAAGUCUAUUAGAUCACUCUACUUGGCUGGAAGAGAGGCUUCCCGACCAGUAUUUUGGAGAAUGGUACCAUAACGCCGGAGUGAUCAUCUUCGCCUGCCUCGCCUCGUGGCUGGUUGCCUUGCUUGGGGGUGGGCUGGCUUGGGUCAUGAUCGUUAUGGCCUGCUGCUCGACGUACUAUCGAACAUCGAUCAGACGAGUGCGAAGAAACUUCCGCGACGAUAUUACCAGGGAGAUGGCGCUGAAGAAGUUAGAAACGGAUCACGAAUCUCUCGAGUGGAUAAACUCGUUUCUGGUCAAGUUCUGGCCCAUCUACCAACCUGUUCUCGCCCAGACCGUUAUUAAUUCCGUCGACCAAGUUUUAAGCUCUGCGACUCCUUCCUUUCUCGACAGUCUCCGCCUGAAGACCUUUACUCUCGGGUCCAAACCUCCUAGAAUGGAGCACGUGAAGACUUACCCAAAGGCGGAAGAUGACAUUAUCCUAAUGGACUGGAAGUUUAGUUUCACGCCAAACGACGACGAGGACAUGACGGCUCGGCAGGUCCGCAACAAGAUUAAUCCCAAGGUAGUCCUCGAAAUCCGCAUCGGCAAGGCUAUGAUUAGCAAAGGUCUCGACGUCAUCGUAGAAAAUAUGUCUUUCUCCGGUAUCAUGCGCCUGAAGAUUAAGCUCCAAUUUCCUUUCCCUCACAUCGAGAAGAUUGAGAUGUGUUUCCUCGAGCGCCCGGAGCUCGGUUAUGCUUGCAAGCCUCUCGGUGGUGAAACCUUCGGUUUCGAUAUCAACUUUAUUCCGGGUCUAGAAAGCUUCAUCCAGGAGCAGAUCCACGGAAACCUAGCCCCGAUGAUGUAUGCCCCGAACGUCUUCCCGAUCGAGGUAGCCAAGAUGCUUGCUGGUUCUCCCGUCGACCAAGCUAUCGGCGUGAUCGCAGUAACGCUUCACGGAGCCCAGGGCCUCAAGAACCCCGAUAACUUUGCUGGCAAUCCCGACCCGUACGCCGUGUUUACCCUGAACAAGAGGGCACCCCUAGCUCAGACCAAGGUUGUCAAGGACACUCCGAACCCCAGGUGGAACGAAACGCACUAUGUUAUCGUUACGUCCUUUAACGACUCCCUCGAUCUCAUCAUUUACGACUAUAAUGAUUUCCGCAAGGACAAGGAACUCGGUGUCGCCUCUUUCCCGCUCGAACGGAUGGAGGAGAUUGGCGUGUACGAAAACGAGCGUCUAGAAGUCGUCGCUCACGGCAAGGCCCGGGGUGUGGUCAGCGCCGAUUUCCGCUUCUUCCCUGUUCUGGAGGCUAUGGAGCAUGAUGGUGUGCAAGAACCGCCGCCGGACUCUAAUACGGGUAUUCUACGAUACACUGUCGAGCAAGCGAAGGAUCUCGACGGCACCAAGAGCUUAGUUGGCUUGCUUAAUCCGUAUGCUGUUCUAUUACUUAACGGCAAGGAAGUUCACCACACCAAAACCCUCAAGCGCACCAACAAUCCUAUCUGGGAUAACGGUUCCAAAGAGAUUCUUAUCACUGACCGAAAGAAUGCCAAAUUGGGUCUUGCUCUCAAGGACGACCGUGACAUUGCCGGCGACCAGCUGAUUGGCACGUACCAGAUCAAGCUUGACGAUAUGUUGGAGAUGAUGGAAAAGGGACACGACUGGUACAAUUUAUCAGGGGUCAAGAGCGGACGAGCGAAGCUGACUGCGCAGUGGAAACCUGUUGCCCUAUCCGGCGUGCUGGCAGGUACCGGAGGCUACCAAACCCCCAUCGGCGUAAUGCGUCUCCAUUUCAAGAGCGCCCGCGACCUGCGGAAUUUCGAGACUAUGGGUAAAUCGGAUCCUUACGUCCGCGUGCUCCUCUCCGGUAUCGAGAAAGGUCGAACAGUAACCCACCGUAACACCCUGAAGCCCGAGUGGGAUGAAGUCAUCUAUGUGCCAAUGCAUUCGUCGAGGGACCGUCUAGCGCUGGAAGUCAUGGACGCUGAGAAGAUGGGCAAGGACCGUAGCUUGGGUUUGGUUGAGAUAUUUGCAGGCGACUACAUUUCGGAAGAUGAUAACGGCGAGUAUCUCGUCCACGAUGCGAAGAAGGUACAAGAGACCGGGCUCCGACUACAUGGAAAGGGCAUCGCAAAGGGAACACUUACCUAUACCGUCUCGUUUUAUCCGUGCAUAAAUGUUGCAGACCCCGAGGAAGAAGAGGAGAAGGAGAAGGAAAAGGAAAAGGAAAAGGAAACAAGCUCCGAUGCUCCAAAGCCAUCUCUCGACGUUCCCCGGUCCUCGGAUGCCGGAAAGAUUUCCGCCCUCGAGAGGAAAGAAAGCAUCCCGACUACCCCGACCACGCCAACCGUUCCCAAAUCCCCGGUUUCUCCCAGAUCAACCACGUCGGAACGAAAGUCGCGCGAAGCGCCACGGGAACGUCCCAAGGUUCACCUUACUCCGGAAGAGCUGCUCAAAUACGAAUCCGGGUUCCUUAUCUUCAAACUGCUCGAAGGAGAAAUGCCAAAGAGCGGAACGCAUCUUGAAAUAUACGUCGACGACAUGCUAUACCCUAGCUACAUCUCGGGCACGGCCAAAAGUAAAGUCUUCAAAUUCGACGAGAUUGGCGACUGCUUCAUCCGCGAGCUAGACUUCUCGCGGCUGACUCUCAAGGUGAGAGAAAAACGCGAGAAGCCAGGCGAAGAACGUGAUGAGGACCACACGGUAGCUCGCCUAACAGGCAAUACUCUAGAUACCCUCAAACAAUGUCUAAAUAACCCGACGGUUUUAAGGCUCAAGGAUGAAGAGAACAGAGCGGCCACGAUCAAGGUCAGCUUGAAAUACAUCCCCGUAAAGAUGCACCUAGACCCCAGCGAGAGCAUCAACAACAUGGGUAAUCUUCGCGUCGACGUAUUGGACGCGGCAGAUCUACCUGCCGCCGACUCCAACGGCAAGAGUGAUCCCUACUGCAAGUUUGAGCUGAACGGGCAGGAUGUGUUCAAGACCAAGACGCAGAAGAAGACUCUUAACCCCGCGUGGAAUGAAUUCUUCGAGGUUGCCAUACCGUCGAGGACCGCCGCCAAGUUCACUUGUAAAGUCUACGAUUACGACUUCGCGGACAAGCCCGAUUUCUUAGGCGGGGCCGAUAUCAAUCUUGAGCAGCUCGACCCAUUCAGGGCGCAGGAGCUCAAGCUGCUACUCGAUGGAAAGUCGGGUUCGAUUAGGCUGCGACUGCUCUUCAAACCCGACUACGUCACACGCACUCGACUAGGCACCGGCACGUUUUCGGGCACGUUCGGCGGUCCUGGCAGGAUUGUGACCGGUGUUGUUGGUGCUCCGGUUAAAGGUGGCGUCGCAGUAGUCGGCGCGGUGGGCCACGGCGUUGGUAAGGGUGCGAGUUUUAUCAAGCGCGGCUUUCGAGGCAAGAAGGACGAGGAAGGUAACGGCCUAAUAUUGGCACCGAGCAACUCCGAGAUCCCCACGAUCGUAACGAAUGGACCAGAUGCUCCCGCAGCUGGCUCCGGGCUCAGACGGGCCACGGGCUUGAGUGUCGAUGGCGACGCCGCCCGUCCCGUGACGCCCAACGGCGGCUCGAAGACGCACGUGCGUAACUCUAGCAUGGGCGGCGUCUCUAUUUACAGUCUGGCCCCGGGUACUGCCGGCGCUGGUACCGCUACUUUCACUGUGGUCUCCGCAUCAGGGUUCCCAGAGUCGGCAAAUAUUUACGUCGUAAUCAAACAGCUCGGUCCCAAAGAGAGGACUAUCGGCAAAACAAAGCAUCACGAAGCUCCCGGGACGGUACGGUUCGACGAGACAUUCAAGCACACGUGUACCGCUGAUACCCAGUUCCGUAUCGAGGUCAAAAACCACCACACCUUUGGGAGCGAUGACGACUUGGGCGAAACGUUAUAUUUCGUGGACGAAAGUGGCAGCGGCGAAAAGGAGAUCAAGGUCGGUACCGGAGCGGUGGUCAUGAAGAGCACAUUUGCGGAGUCGAGUAUAGAAAACAAUAGCCCGAGUCCAAGUUCGAAAAGCGGAAACGGUGGUUUGCGAAGGAGUUUCUUGAGCAAGAAAGAGACCAGACCAAAAAGCCGCGAGGGGCCGCCUAUCUAAUCACAAAACAUGUGUUCAGUAGUUAGGCGUUUAGGGGGCUAAAGGUAUAUUGUGAGAAUUGGUUUGGUUAGGGGACGAUUCCACCAACGGAGUUUUCAUAAUCAAAAAUACAAGUUAGUUACUAAUGAUGAGGAUUUUGCCUUACCAUAGCGGACAUAGCGGCCAUAGCGGCAGAACGUUGGGAGGCUAACACGAUGGUUGAAAUCAUUUUAGCCUCUACUAAUAUAUGUUAUUGAGUUUAUCUCCAGGUGCUAAUUCACCCCCUCCAAGCGCCGUUGUUCAGAAUAACUACCUAAGGUACAGUGAAGUUAUUGUCCUGCUCCCCACCCAACCGAAGGGGUUGUCAAGGCUUCAGCCACCAUACGCAUACGCUCGCAUUAGGGGGUUAUCAAUUAGCGUUGGCCUCACCACCAGAAACAAUUUCUUUAAGUUCGAUAUGUAUCAGUAACUAUGAUGCAUAACAGCUGAGCUGUGCAGGGAUUUACUAGCUACUCAAAGCAACUGUACAGAGCUAAUACACAAUAAACCGACGAUUGCAAUAUAGUAUAAUGGUUGUUAUACGACAGAAUAACUGUUCG